CUCUAUCUGACGCAAGUCUCGAGGCUCCACAUAACGCUGGGUAAAUUGUGCCAUUAAAGUUCUGGCUCUGGAGUUGCUCAACCCCUCUCUCAGCACCCAAAAGUGAUUUUAGUCGGCGUUAAUCGUAAGGACUGCAUUUAAAAGGACCACGAGAGUCCCAAAAGAAAGUGUGCGAUGGCUUCGACUCCCUCCGCUUCAGCCCUGUCAGCUGUUCUCCGGUGUCAGGGGAAUAUCCUCGCCCGAAAACAGGCGAGCAAGAAGCGGCCUCCCGCCUCAGUGUACGGGCUCGGGGUGACAUGUGGAGGAGACUCGGUCAAAUCUUAUUUUCGCUCUCUUUGGGGAUUCAUAUUUCACAGGGAGCGAGUGGAGAUUCCCGGAGUUUUGUCCAUUUCAGCGCGAUUUGAAACGGGUUGUUCUGGUAAAUCUUCGAGAGGAAAUAGUGAAUCCAAAGAUCUUCUGGUCAAAAGCUCCCUAAAGACUGACAACAAAAUGUUAACUAUGAAAGUAUCAAGUGAACCAAAUCAAUUGCCAAAGACGAAACUGACGUCGGAUAAUACUUUUGCUUUUAAAUCCCAACGUUACAGUGUUUUAUCCAUCAACAGCCUGGUUCUUCGACUAGAUGGCUCUUAUUUACGAAAACUAAACUCAGAUUAUCCAUGCACUUGCUGUAUUUGUAUAGUUUGCGCCCGGAUGUCAGACAGUGUGCGGAAACUUGGAAGUGGCUGGAACCAGCUUCAUCCGGAUUGUGAUAAGUUUAGUGGAUAUGUCAAAUGUACUUCUGAACAUCAUGAGGAUCGACCUAAGACACUGGAAGGAACUGAACCUGGGGAAUGAGUCGUCUUCUAGAGACUGUGGAUGGCAUGCACUUCACACAAAUGCACUUUCAUAGAUAGAUCGAAUGAUUGAUUGAUAGACAGAAAUAUAGAUACAUGUGAAUGCAUAGAAUGUCAGUAAUUGUAGUCUUAUGUUCUUUCAUGUGCUGUCUUGUUCACUUCAGCUUUAUGGGAUGUAUUGUAUUGUUUUAUACACUGUCUACUUGAUUUUGCACUGUUAUUGCCAGCCAAAGUUUCCCUUUGGAGUAAGAAACUAUUAUUACUAUACAAGCUGCUGACUAUCUUCAGCUUUUCUAAUCUGGUAA